GAACCCUGUGUGCAGUGCACUGCAAGACAUGGCCUCAAAAAGAGCGUUGGUGAUUCUGGCAAAAGGGGCAGAGGAAAUGGAAACUGUUAUCCCCACCGAUGUUAUGAGAAGAGCUGGAAUCAAGGUGACUGUUGCGGGCCUAACAGGAAAAGAACCGGUGCAGUGCAGUCGAGAUGUCUUCAUUUGUCCUGAUGCCAGUCUAGAAGAUGCCAGAAAAGAGGGGCCUUACGAUGUCGUGGUCUUGCCUGGAGGAAACCUUGGAGCCCAGAACUUGUCAGAGUCUCCUGCUGUGAAAGACAUUCUGAAGGACCAGGAAAGCAGGAAGGGCCUGAUUGCUGCUAUAUGUGCAGGUCCCACUGCCCUUCUGGCACAUGGGAUAGGUUUUGGAAGCAAAGUUACAACGCAUCCUUUGGCCAAAGAUAAAAUGAUGAAUGGAGCACACUACCACUACUCCGAGAGCCGCGUGGAGAGAGACGGGAACAUCCUCACCAGCCGUGGCCCUGGUACCAGCUUUGAGUUUGGGUUGGCCAUUGUUGAAGUACUGAUGGGGAAGGAGGUAGCUGAACAGGUGAAGGCACCGUUGAUAUUAAAAGACUGAAAUCCUGGUCGAGGACAUAGAGUAGAACUUUCUACUUCUAGAAAAGUAGACUUUCCUAGAAAAAGUGAAAGGCGCACUAUUAUAAAUAUAGUCUAAUUGUGGGUGAAUUUUGUAGCUGUAAUUCUUUAAACUGUAGUUUUCCUCAGCUUUACAAACCAGCAGUAUUAAUUCUUGGAAAAAAAAAUCCUAUUAGCAAACCACUUCAGCACUAAAAAGCAGUUAGCAUCUGAUAACCUUAAUUAGUUCUUGGAUGACAUUUAAAAAUCGCGUGGACAAAUGUUUGCU